AUGGGUAAAGAAUCUAAGGAAGCCAAGGGGGAAGAUAACUACGAUGUUAGAAUGCCAGCGGUUCUACCGUUUGCCAAACCAUUAGCCUCUAAAAAAUUGAACAAAAAACUAUUAAAGACAGUCAAGAAAGCUUCCAAAGCUAAGAAUGUUAAAAGAGGUGUCAAGGAAGUCGGUAAAGCUUUGAGAAAAGGUGAAAAAGGUUUAGUAAUCAUCGCCGGUGAUAUUUCUCCAGGUGAUGUCAUUUCUCAUUUACCAGUGCUUUGUGAAGACCAUUCCGUUCCAUAUAUCUUUGUUCCAUCCAAACAAGAUCUAGGUUCUGCUGGUGCCACCAAGAGACCUACUUCUGUUAUUUUCAUAGUUCCAGGAAGCAACAAGAAGAAGGAUGGCAAGGGCAAGGAAGAAGAAUACAAAGAAUCUUUCAACGAAGUCGUCAAAGAAGUUGAAGCUUUAUAG